AUGGAAGCUCCCUGGACCCAAACUCCAGAGGAAAUCCUCCAAUACUUCAGUGUAGACCCAGUAAAUGGCCUGACGUCCGACCAAUCUGCGAAACAUGCUGAACUCUACGGAAAGAACGUACUACCAGAAGACCCUCCUACACCCCUUUGGGAGCUCAUAUUAGAGCAGUUCAAGGAUCAGCUGGUUCUUAUCCUAUUAGGUUCUGCCGUAGUAUCUUUCGUCCUUGCUCUUCUCGAAGACUCGGAAAGUCUCUUCGGUGCAUUUGUAGAGCCUACCGUCAUUCUUCUCAUUCUCGUCGCAAAUGCCGCCGUCGGUGUCAUCCAGGAGGCGAAUGCAGAGAGGGCCAUUGAUGCCUUGAAGGAAUACUCCCCGGACGAAGCCAAAGUUGUGCGCUCAGGUCAGCUCAGUCGCAUCCAUGCGUCCGAGCUCGUUCCAGGCGAUAUCAUCUCUAUCUCCGUUGGCGACAAAGUCCCUGCCGACUGCAGGCUUCUCUCCCUUUCGUCCAGCAGCUUCCGCAUUGAUCAGGCCAUCUUGACCGGUGAAAGUACCAGUGUCAACAAAUCUCCGGACACCGUGAAAGACGUCAGAGCUGUGAAGCAAGAUAUGACUAACAUUCUGUUCUCGGGAACUACUGUCGUCAAUGGCAGUGCGAAGGCUAUCGUCGUCUUCACCGGGACGAAGACGGCCAUCGGUGACAUUCACAAGUCAAUUUCAUCCCAGAUUAGCGAGAAGACGCCUCUCAAGCGCAAGUUAGACGACUUUGGCGAUAUGCUCGCGAAGGUCAUCACUGUCAUUUGCAUUCUCGUCUGGCUCGUCAACAUUCGCCACUUCUGGGACCCAUCUCAUCAUGGCGCGCUCAAGGGUGCUAUUUACUACUUCAAGAUUGCUGUUGCGUUGGCGGUUGCCGCUAUCCCCGAAGGUCUGGCUGCCGUCAUCACUGCAUGCCUGGCUUUGGGCACGAAGAAGAUGGCGCAGAAGAACGCGAUCGUCAGGAACUUGCCCAGUGUCGAGACUCUUGGCUGCACAAACGUCAUCUGCUCUGACAAGACCGGUACAUUGACUACGAACCAGAUGAGCGUAGCAGCGUUCAUGACUAUUGACCCGUCUGGCAAACUCCGCGAAUACAACGUAGAAGGCACUACCUUCGCGCCACACGGGUCUGUCACAUAUGCUGAUGGCAAGGAAGCUACUGCUGAACUCCAAUCAGACCCAAUACAACGAUUGGCUGAAAUCAGUGCUAUCUGCAACGACGCGAAGAUAGUUUACAACAAGGACAAGGCCUCUUAUGUCAACGUCGGCGAACCCACCGAGGCUGCGCUCAAAGUGCUCGCCGAGAAGAUUGGUUGCAGGGAUUUGGAAGUGAGGAAGUCCUUGUCCAGCAUGAGCCCACUUCUCCGCGCGAACGCGGUCAACGACUACUUUGAGCGUACCAUCCCCAGGCUUUUGACCUUCGAGUUCUCCCGCGAUCGCAAGAUGAUGUCCGUUCUUGUCAAGCUUAACGGUUCUGGUGCUCUCUUCGCCAAAGGUGCCCCCGAGUCCAUCCUUGAACGGUCAACGAAUGCUCUUGUCAACGGCCAGACGAUCCCUUUGACUCCAGCCCUACGAAGCGCCAUCCUCUCUCAAACGGUCGCUUACGGCGCGAAGGGCCUUCGUACCCUUGCAUUGGCAUACGUGAACGUAGAUGAUACGGAUAUUGCCCAUUACCACUCCGAUAGUUCGAAGGACUAUGGUCGCUUCGAACAAAAUUUCACAUUCGUUUCAUUGGUUGGUAUGCUCGAUCCUCCCCGCCCUGAAGUCCGUGAAGCCAUCGCCAAUUGCAAAGCAGCUGGUAUUCGUGUCAUCUGCAUCACCGGAGACAACAAAGGGACCGCGGAGACCAUUUGCCGCAAAAUUGGAAUAUUUGGCGAUGACGAGGACCUGACAGGAAAGAGUUACACUGGGAGAGAAUUGGACGACCUUACUCAGGAAGAGAAAGUUGCGGCGGUACAGCGGGCUAGCUUAUUCAGUCGGACGGAGCCUGGUCACAAAAGUCAAUUGGUCGACUUGCUUCAAGGCUUGGGAUUGGUUGUCGCGAUGACUGGGGACGGAGUAAAUGACGCCCCUGCACUGAAGAAGGCCGACAUUGGCGUGGCUAUGGGAAGCGGCACAGACGUCGCAAAAUUGGCUGCGGAUAUGGUCCUUGCUGAUUCGAACUUUACGACAAUAGAAGGAGCCGUUGAAGAAGGCCGACUGAUCUACAACAAUACUAAACAAUUUAUUCGCUACCUAAUUUCUUCAAAUAUUGGCGAGGUGGUUAGCAUUUUCUUGACGGUUCUUUUGGGCAUGCCCGAAGCUUUGAUUCCCGUUCAAUUACUCUGGGUGAACCUUGUUACCGAUAGUCUGCCCGCGACGGCUUUAGGGUUCAAUCCUCCGGACCAUUCAAUCAUGCGUGUCCCACCGAGGAAUAGUCGAGAACCUCUCGUGGGUUCUUGGCUAUUCUUCCGGUAUAUGGUUGUUGGUGUGUAUGUUGGCGUUGCCACCGUCGCUGGAUACGCGUGGUGGUUCAUGUUCUAUACCGGGGGACCCCAAAUAUCAUUCUAUCACCUGACGCACUUCCACGAAUGUUCAGCCUUAUUCCCUGAAAUUGGAUGUGAAAUGUUCACUGAUGUCAUGGCUCGGCGUGCCACCACUAUGAGUCUUUCGAUCCUCGUCACGGUCGAAAUGUUCAACGCCAUGAAUUCGCUCUCAGAAAACGAAAGUCUGCUUCGGCUGCCGGUUUGGAAAAACCCCUACCUUGUGGCUGCCAUUACGCUCAGCAUGGCACUCCACUUCAUGAUUUUAUAUGUGCCCUUUUUCACGACGCUUUUCGCAAUAACGCCGCUCAACUGGAUCGAGUGGAAAGCUGUCUUGUACUUGAGCGCUCCUGUUCUCGUCAUUGAUGAAGUGCUCAAAUUUAUUACGGGUACAUUUAUCGAUCCUCCCUCAAAAAUCAAGCUAGACUAA